UAUCUCACUAUGGAACAUGCCAUGCCAUGACCUGCCGAACCGGGGAAUUGAAAAAGAAAUCACAGUUUUAUCGAUAAUGCGAUAUUUAAAAGGAUAAGAGCAGAGAUGAUGCUAUUAUGAGACGUUCGGCUGCACCAUCCCAGCAGGGUCUGGCACCUAAGAGACCAAGGUUCAACCCUCCAUUUCGUUCUAACAACACUGUACCCCUGAAUACUCCUCUAGCAUUACCAAGUCAACACACAACCCAUUCUGCCUCUCAAAGUCUACCCAGAACUCAACAACCUGCUCAUGGCAAUGUAGCUAAUAUAAACAAAAAUAAAGAGCGAUCAGCUGAAGCAGUAGAAUCAGUAAGUUCUAUUCAACUAGUUGAUGCUAAGGAAAGUAAUGACAAACAAGAAUCAAGAGACCAUGCAGAGAAUGCCUCGUGUAGUACUGUUGCAAAACUGGAAUCAGAUGGGACAGACAUUGGUGAAGGUCAAGGACAUGGUCAAACUGAUAUCCAUGAGCUUGGUUCUACCGAUGCUGGACAUUUGACUCAUGACAUGCAUGGGUCAGCCCUUGCAGGAGAAAGCUCUACUGGAACCAGACCCCAGCAUCUCCUUCACAAGAGCAGUUUGAUGCAGAGAAAACCAUUCAUGGUCAAACAGACUACACCAGCCGUCAAACCACCCAGGAAAGAAAUAGAAGAUGAUGAUGGACCAAAGCGUCAUUAUUACAGUGUUAUGUGGUGUAAACUUUCAAAGAAAAAGCACAAGAAGUGGGAAGGAGAUGCUCUCCUGAUUACUAAAGGCAGAUCCGUGACCCUACUGGAUGUAGAAGGGAAGGAGAUAGGUAAAGGUAGUGGAUACAGACCAUCUGAGCUGGAAAGCAUGGAGGAAGGUCACACGUUAUGUGUGGGCGGCAAGGAAAUUGAGGUAAGAUAUCAGUCUAAUCUUAGCCUUGCUCUAGGAGUUAAGUGUUGCUGUUUGUUACUGUAAUGGCACUUGAAAUGUACUUUUUACAUAAUUAGUGUCCUUUGUGCUUGUAACAAAACACCGAAAUGAAAAAUAUUGUUUAUUAGUUUGAAUGACUUGAAUGCAAGGAGAUUGAUCUAUGAUAGUGAGCAUAAUCUUGACCUUGCUGCAGGAGUAUUUUUUUAAAAAAGAUCUCUUUGUGGCUAAAAGGUUUACUAAAUGGGAAUAAUAUUUUGAACCUAAUUUGGGGGAAUUUCAUGGAGUCAGUUUGAUAGUCUCUCUGAAAAGAUGAAUUCUUAUAUCGAUUUUACAACAUAAAAAUGAAAAAUUGAAACAUAUAUCUCAAUGUGACAUCAGCAUUGAACAAGUUGUUUUUUUGUUGGUUGCUAGGCUUGUGUCAAGAGCAACUUGCUGAUUAAAGUUUCAAUCAGAGUUUAUGUUUGCAGACUACAGAUUGACUGACGGGGUAGGUCCUAGUCUGCAGGCACUGUCCCUGAUUGAAAGUUUAAUAAAAAAUGGGUCUGGAGACUAGUCUAGCACAAAUGAAACUUGUAAAGAAGAGGUAAAGAAAAGAUGAA